AUGCAGCUGGAAAAUGGGACCCUAGUGUCCCAGUUUCUUCUGGAAGGGUUGACUGACACAGAGGAGCUGAGGCCCUUGCUCUUUGCCAUCUUGCUGCUGGUCUACAUAGUGGCUGUGGUCGGGAACCUGGGCAUCGUCAGCCUUAUUGUGAUGGACCCCCGGCUCCACACUCCCAUGUACUUCUUCUUGGCCAACCUGUCACUGCUGGACACUGCCUAUGUCUCCAACACGGUGCCUCAGGUGCUGGUGCAUCUGCUGGCACCAGUGCGGACCAUGUCCUAUCGUGCUUGUCUUACCCAGAUAUUCUUUCUCCACUUCCUGGCGCCCUGGGAGUGCUUCCUGCUCACGGCCAUGUCGUAUGAUCGCUAUGCAGCCAUCUGCCAGCCACUGCACUACCUGGUCCUCAUGGGCCGAAGAACCCGGACAGGACUAGCUUCAAUCUCCUGCCUUCUUGCCUUGGCCAAUGCACUCACCCACACCAUCCUUGCAGCUCUACUCCAAUUCUGCGGCCCUCGCCUCAUCACCCACUUCUUCUGUGACCUCCCUCCACUGCUCAAACUCUCUUGCUCCAGCACGCAGGCAAAUGAACUUGCCCUGUUCUUCUUUAGUUUUCUGGUGGCUCUUGCACCCUGUGCCCUGGUUGCGGUCCCCUACGUACGCGUUGUAGCUGCCGUUCUCAGGAUUCACUCUGCUGAGGGCCGAAGGAAAGCCUUUUCCACCUGUGGCGCUCACAUCACUGUGGUCUGUGUUUUCUAUAUCACUUCAGUCCUCUGCUACAUCCUUCCCAGCUCUGCAUACUCGGGCUUGCGAGACCGGGUGCUCUCCGUGCUGUACGUGGUCCUCACUCCCAUGCUCAACCCCAUCGUCUACAGCAUGCGAAACAAGGAGGUGAAGAGGGCUUUGUUUAAGGUGCUUGGGAAAGGAGGUGCCUGCUAG